AUAAACUAGUACGUACUGUACCAGUCGUAUUUUUCUUUCGGCGCAGAAAAUAUAUUAAUUCUAUAAAAUAUUUUUUGUUAAAGCUUAGUAAGACCGCCAUUAAUAGCAAACGAAAUUUUAUAUCGUAAAAAAGUGUAAUUAUCUCUCAGACGUCGACAUUUAUAACGUUUUGUUUAAAUAAAAUUAGCUGAACUCGAUUAAAAGGGCAAUUGGGAUAGAAAUUAUUCACGUUGGAAAACGUUUUUCGCCCAUUUUUUCUAUAAUCGUGCAUACUCGUUCUUUGCAAUCGUCUAUGCUGUGUGUGAAGAAGAAAAGAAACAGCAAAAAAACGGCAGCCAUACCUAAAAAAAAUUAAAAAAAAAUUACGUGUAUUUAAAGAAAAAAAAAAUGAUCUGGGAAAAAAUUGGCAUAAAAAAAUAGAUAUUUUAUAAAAAAUAUAUUCAUAAUAUAAAAUCUCAGUAAAGUUGGACAAGUUUUUAAACAAUAAUUUACUUUGAUUUUUUAGACAUGGCAAUUACUUAAGAGUAAGAGGAAGCACGCAAUAGUUCAGAAUUGUGAAAAAAAGUAGUAAUCGUUAUAAUACGUUUUACACUUUAUAUACCUAUACAGUAAUACAUACAUAUGUACAUAUAUAUACAUGUAUAUAAUUAUAUACUUAUAUUAAAAAAUUAAUAAAUAGUGCUUUAAAAUAUCCAUGAAAGACGGGAGCGCGCGAGUGUUUUUAAAGUAAUAUUUAAAUAAAAAAAAUAUCAAUUAUAAAAAAAUUAUGUAAAAUUAAAAAAAACUUUGAAAAGUUGUAGUUGUAUCUAAUUUCUUAGUGUUUUUUUUUAACUUAUGGUGAAAUUAUAACUUCCAUAAUAGCGCCUAACAAAAGUGAAGACAAGAAAGAAAAAACGAGCUAAAUUUUUUCUACUAAUUUUAAUAUAAAAAAGGAAAAAAAAAGCGAGUAUCAAAAUAUAUACGAACAUUCAUACCUACAAAUAUACAAAAGAAUUUUUUGUUAUUGGCUACUACGUUUUUAAACAACAGUGUCGUAUAAUUUUUUUUCUCAAAUUUUUAACAAAAAAAUACUAUAUAACAAUAAAUAAUUUGCUAUAAAAUAACAAUAUAAAUUAAAUUUUAUAUUCAUAAUAAGCUUAAUACAUACGCUACAUCUAAUGAAUAUCGUUUUGAAUAUACUUAAGAACGAUUUAAAAAUAAACAAUAACCGAGAAAUAAAGAUGGAAAUUUGAUUUUAAAUGCAGCAGUGUUCUACAAUAUGGCGCCAGCUCUUACAGAGCCAUUAAGUCCAACCGAAAAUUUAAAUAGUUCAGCGGUAACGGCAACAACAACACCAACGACAAGGUCUAGCAGAAAAUUUGACUCUUCGAAUGUCAAUAAAAGUGGCAUUAAUAAUAGUAAUAUUCUUAAUACACCUACAAAUAAAAUUGUCGUAAAAUCUGCAUCAACAGUACGCGAAAAACGUAAUCGUAGCGGUGGAAUUAUAAUAAAUCAAACACCAACAACUUCAAAGCGUAUAACACGUUCGAGAGAUAAUCAACAACGCAAUUUGGUGGUCACACCAUCCGCCUCCUUAAACGGGGAAAAUACAAGUGAAACGCCAAAAAACAUAAAGACACCAACAACGAGAAGAAUUUCAAAGGUGGCAAGUGUUCAAGAAGUUGACACUACAGUCAUCAAUUCUAUUACUAACAACAAUAGCUCGAGUACAAAGAAUGAGCAAAUGGGCUUAAGCACAGCCCCAUUAAAUACUAAAAAUAAGAUUCUCAACAAUAACAACAAUAAUACUAGCCAAAAUUUGGAUACGGUAGUAGUAGACAAUAGUAAUACAAAAGAUACAUCGACCGCCCAGUUGUUGGCCGAUUUGACAAACGAGGCCAUAACUGCCGAAAUUUGUUUACGCAAUCAAUUGAAAGACGUUAAUCUAGUGAAGACUACUGGUGAUCCCUCAUCGCCCAUCAUACAGCAGGAUACAUUUGUUGAUACUGAAAAAGAUAUUGUCGUUCUUAAAGUCGCAUCUAAUACAAUAGCUGCUGCGCCCGAAGUAAAUAAAACAACUACUGCGCACAUGGAGACGCAGUUGACUGAAUUACCAAAGUCGUCAAACGUACAAGAAAAAAGUGAAGUUAUAGAGCCCACUUCAACAACAGCAACUUCGUUAGAAGAAUUUCUUGAUUCUCAGAAGGAUAACAAUAACAGUCCGCCAGAAGAAAAAGUAGAACAAAAAGUAAACGCAGAGGAAGAUGCAGCUGAUAAAAGACAGAAUGAUAAAAGUGAGCACAAAGAAGAAAAAUCACUUCAAACCGCAGCAACUGAAAGUUAUUUGGACACAGCAAACGUGCAUGAAACCCCAGUCGGUUCACCAAAUUCAUCUGAUGAUGCUGCGGAGAGGAAGAAACCUAGCUCAAAGCUUGAGAUUUUGUCGGUACAAGAAUUGCCACCAGUUAGUACGGAUUCAACGAUGACUGCAUCGGAAGUUGAAGAUAAUUUAGAAGAACGUUUAAGUCAAUUGGAUGGCACAGCGAUCGAUUCCCCACCCCCUAAUAAUCAUGAUGUUGAUUCCAAUGAAAAAACAUUACAGAAUUCUGUGGCCGCUGCCACCCCACCACGAACUCCAACUCAUCAACAGACAUUGUCACACGAUUUACAAGAGCUACAACAACAAUUACAGCACACUCCACCCACACCGGUAGCUCAGCAAGUUCAGACACACCAACAACAUUUGCAACAUCAACAGCAGCACUCGCCACAAAUAAAUUGCUUUACUACUACCCCUCAAAGCACAACAUCAUCGAUAAAUUCACUGGCUACGACGACAGUAGGUGGCACUAUGCCUCCCAAUCAGUCGUACAUAAAAGAAGCAGAUGGAGUCGGUGUUGGCGCUGCAGCUGAACUGGAAGAUCAAGAUAUCGAGGAAGUUUUUAAGGUGCUAAAAGGGUUUGAAGGCGGUACAACUUCAGAUCUCAAUGUCUGUGACUUGAAUGUUCUCUUCAACGAAGUUUAUAUGAAAAUAAAUGAAACAGAAUUGAGUGGCAAUGCUGGAAGCGGUACAGGAAGUAUUGCUAGCGGUGGUGGUUGUAUCUCUUCGAAUACUCAAAGUCAUAUUACUAUUACAAAUCCCUCCAUACAAUUGGUUAAACCCACACAAGUCGAAGAGGGACAGUUAGAAAUAGAAAAACGUCAGCAACAAAUGCAACGGAAAAUAGAUUUUCUAUUGAGACGUUUGAGAAAACUACAAGCUCGUUAUAUGUGCAAACAUACCAGCGAAGAAAUAGCUGGACUAUUUGAGUGGAGCGCCCGACAGUCCAGCAAAGGUAUAACAAACUCAGCAGCAUUAAAUAACGAAGCCAUUGGACCACCGGAUCCGGCAAAGUGUUUUCUAAAAGUAAUAGCAGCACGACCGCCUGCUUCCGAUUGGAAAGAUGUACAAGAAUCUUUGGUACCCGCCAACCAGAUAUCGACGCUGUUGCGUAAAAUUGAAUCUGUGGCCAAUGCACAACAACUGUGCACCACGCCUGCCAACAGUUUAGUUAAUAUAACCACCCAUAAGAAAACUAAAAAGGCCUUGAUGGAAGCUCAAGCUGCGGCGGCAGCAUCAAACUCUUCGAACAUCAACUCAACGACUUUUGGUGAGGGCAAAGCUGAAGAAGUGGUUGUCGCUACACUGGACGAAAAUAUAACUGAUGAAUUGUCACAGGUGGUCGGUUUAUUACAGACUGAAAUGUCUGAGGUACAAAAAGCCAUUGAUUCCGAUGCAACUGAAUCGAGUUCAGGCGGAGAAUCAGCUGAUGAAAUGGUUACCUACAACAAUACCCAACAACAAACGCUGCCUAUAACAAAACGUGCCGCUUGGCGUUAUUCACGUGAUCGUGCGGCCAUUGCAUCACGCUGGUCGUGGCUGCUAUCUCAAAUAUCCGAUUUAGAAAUAAAAAUACGUCAACACAGUGAACUACAUCAGGAAAUUGUACGUUCUAAGGGUUUAGUUACAUGUGGUGGUGGUGGUGAUAACAGUAAAGUUGGGGAACAAGUUAAUGAAGAGCAAAUGGGAUCAUGUCGAACACGUGGCUAUGUGCCUUCAUUAUUUCGAAAAAGAAAACUUAUACAAACAACCAACAUACACACAAUAUCGAAAAAGGCAGCGAGGCCAAGCACCAUUAAAUGUGGUUGUCAAUGGCCUUUACAUCCAUGUGCUUUGUGUACAGGUCGCUUAGAUCCUACAGCACCACGUGAUCUACCCGACACAAUGAUGAUGUCCGAUCGUAUAGCAUUAUUAGAUUCUGGUUAUCAUCCCGUCUUAAGUUUCAGAGAAAAUGUUAAUAAUGCCCUACACUUUGAGGCUAUUGCAAAACAGCCCGAAUGGCAGCAACGUGUUAUGCGUUGUCCGGCCAAAAACAUUGCAAAAAAUGUUUGGAGGGCCGAACGUGAAGCAGUUGCUGCUGCUGCCGGCGGGCAUCAUACAACAUCGUCAUCAAAAAAAUAUGGUGAUGCUCCUCCAGCAAAACGACGUUAUAUUAAAAAGAAGGAUAGACUUAAUAAUGAUGAAAAAUCUGCAACAGGAAAAAGUUCCCAUGCAACAACAGCGGGGACACAACAAUCAUCAACAACAUCAACUGCAGCAACGGUGGCCUCAUCUCUAGCAACGACAUCAUUAAAUGAUGUAGGAAAUGGUACAGCAACUUUGUCUACUACUACUACGUCCACAACGCCACUUGUGGCCAACAAGGGAACGGCCAAGAGUGCAAAGAAACAGCACUGCCCUGCUGUGAGGGACGAGAAUUCAAAGGAGCCUUUGAACUCACUCCCACCGCCAGCAUAUUUAAGCAACACGAGCUUAUCAGCAACAACAUCUUUACCGACAACAACAACGACAACAAUACCCAACAACAACAAAUUCAUACAUCAAACGAGCGAUUGUCUCCCAAUAAACUACGAUCAAUACAAUCCCAACCAAACACCUUCAUCAUUGAUCUCCAACCACAAUCACAACAACAACAACAACAGCAGCAGCAAAAAUAAUAAGCAUCGUAAACUUUCAUCAUCAACAGUAGUAAAUUCUCACCAUUAUAAUCAUCUAAAUAACAGUAGUAGUAAUCUAUAUAAUGGGGAUUCAAGCUAUAUGUUCAAUCAUGAAAAUUGGGGAGGAGCAGGAGAUAAUUUUAAUGUUCGCAGUCGUACAUCAUCACCAACAUACGGCAGCGGCAGCGGCAAUAAUUACCACAAGUAUGAAAGAUCUCUUGAUCGUAAAAAUCGUACAUCAUAUGAUAUUGACAAUAUUGUGAUACCAUACAGCGUUGCGGCUGCUACACGUGUUGAGAUUUUACCCUAUAAAGAAAUUCCAACUCCAAAAUGGCGUGUUAUUGAACAGGAAAAUGAAGAAAAUAACAAAUUAAAAAUCUCUAGAAAUCAAGAGGAGACGUCAGAUAAUAAAACUUUAUCCGAAUGUAAACCAGUAACAAAUGGUUUUAUUUGCGAUGACAGUCAAUUAUUAGAUUCAACAGUUAAAAAAACACUAACUACUCCUCCGGUUAAGCUAGAAGAAGUUAAUAAAACAGAAAGUGAUUUAAAGGCUGGAAAAGAGAAUCUAAAUGAAAACAAUUCAUUACCGGCUGCAGCUAACUCCCCCAAUAACACUACGGAGCAGGACGAAAAAGCGAUUGAAGAAAAAUGUAAAAUAAUAACACAAAACAGUUGCAGCAACAUCCGCAAUAAUGCUGAAGAUGAUGAUGAUGUUGUUCAUAAGGAUGUUGUUGAUGAUGGUGAUGAUGAUGUUGACGAAGAAAACACAAAAGAACCGAAACUAAAAAAACUUAAAGUUGAACCAAGUGUGAUAGAUAAUAUUAGAAGAGAUAAUAACGUUGAAAAAGUAGCUAAAGAGAAAAAGAAGGGGAUAACAACUGAAAAGGAUGAAACUGAAGAUGAUGAAGAGACAAUAGCACUGCAAAACUGUUCAAAUGUUAGCAUUGAAGAGGACGAAGACAUAUCCGAUGAUGCCAUGUUCUUAAGACAUGAAAGAGCAUUGACCGAAGAACGACGUAAAUUUCAAACCUAUCUAAAAUUCCCCUGGAGUACACGUUCAAGAGCAAAUCGACGUAUUGACAGUCGAGCUGAAUCGAGUGGUGCCAAUACACCAGAUCCCAGCUCACCAGCACCCCAGACACCAAGUGUGGGUGGAGGUGAUCUGGAGAGUAUUCCAUCACCUUUGAAUCCUGCUACACCUUUAGAUACAAUUUCCGAAGCCGGUGAUAACUCAACAUCAUUUUUAGGUGUUGGCCCUUUGCCUAGCCUUAGUAGUAAACGUUAUGAACGGAGGCGAACAACUUCUACGAAACGUGAUCGUGAACUAGAAAGGCGAAGUUCAACACCUGAUUCCAAAGAGCUUAUACCUCCCUAUGAACCACUAACAUUCCCCCUGACUGAUGAACAAUUUGAGGAAUUAAUGCGUGCCAUGCCCAUUGAUCAUGGUGAAGAUAGCAAACGAUUUGAUGAUUGUUAUCUACCUGGCGGUGGUGGUGGUGGUGGCGUUGUGGGCGCUUUCGGUUUAGGAGGCAUACUAAACAAUAAAUAUCCGCGUACUAUAAGUGGCAGCACUUCAAAGCGUACCUCAAGAUCUUCGACAUUAUGUGGUGAUUCCUUAACAACGGCCAGUGGUAGUAGACGUAAUAAAAGUUACAAUUCCAAAAAUCUGCCACCAAUCUCAGCGGACGACAGUAAUGUGUCGUUAACACAUGAAAAUGGCGAUAUGCUAAUGUACGAUGAUGAGUAUGAAGAUGAUUAUCCCAAACAUCAUUUAGCACCUAAUGAUGAUCACCUAACGGCCGAUAGUGUUGGCAUUAGACAUGUCACUGCCAAUAGUGGUGUAGGUCUUUAUGAUGAGGACGACGAUGUGUACGGUGAUCAAUAUGGUGCCUAUGUUGGCAGACAACAAUGUAAACAUCGUGAUAGCGAAGGUGAAUCAUCUGAAGAAGAACCAUUUCAAGAUGAUGAUCCCAAUGAUCCAGAAUGGCGUGGCGAAACAGAAGAACGUUUACGUAAGAAAGUUUAAAAACAAAUGUAAGCCAUUCGAAUUGUUUUUUUUUUUUAAUUUAAAAUUUUUUUUAUAACACAAAAUAUUCUCUAAGUCUUAUGUGUUUUGUAAGGUUUGAUUUUUUUUCUAUUUGUGCAAAACAAAAAAAAAAAAAAAAAAAACAACAACAACUA